GGGCACUUCCAGCUCAACAGGUUCUAGACAGUCUACAAGUCAAAUGGCGGGCUCGCAGUUCAGCCCGUUGACUCCUCGCGAAAGGGAGAUGAGAGAGCUCCGGCAGGUCCAAAGGAUCCGUGCACAAUUAGAGAAGGAACUGAAAGAAGUUACCGAUAGAGAGAGAGAGAGAUAAAAAUUAGAAUAGCCAGGCUUGAAACGUUAGCGGCUGACAAGGCUGAGUUAGAGGGCAUAGACGACUCUGGAAUGAAUGAGCCCAUGAAAGUGUUGAGGAACAACAUGCUGUCACUGCAUGCGCACGUGGACAGCAGGUUGGACUUCAUGCAGAGCACUUUGGACCAGAUCCUGGACAUUCUCACAAGGCCAGGAUUUCGGCCACCAGCACAAUCGCCAUUGCCGUUAUCGGUGAUGUCAGGCCCCUUUCCAGUUCAAGCUGGCACACAGCCAAGUGGCACAUCUGCAGCAGCCGCACAGACUGUUGCAUCUUCUUCUUCGGGUCUAGUGGUGGUUGCUACACCACCGCAACAAUCUGUUCCUAUACAGGGACAGCAGCAAGGUCAAUGGUACCCCAAAACCCCAAUGAAACCGCCUCUUGCCUUCUCAGGCGAGAGAAAAGAGGAGGAACUCAACACAUGGUUGAGGACCGUCCCGGUUUGGGUGAAGGCCAAGAGGACCUUGCCUGAGGACGAAGUGGUAAUGGCUGCAUCUUACCUCGAGGGUAAGGCAGCCAAGUGGUUAGAUGGUGUAGUUGUGAAGGCCGGGUAUGGGAGACGCAUGGCGGACUGGGCUAAGUCUUUGACUUUAUACCAAUUCAUGGAGAUGGUAGAAGCUCGAUGGCAUAACCCACAGGAGGCUCAAAAGGCCACUGAUGCCAUUAACAAACUAGACCAACGCAAGUUCAGGUCAGUUAGAGAGCUUACGACUACUGUUGAGAGCCUGAUCCUUGUCUUAGGCAUUAACUACAGCGACCAGUUCCUGCUGACUACUUUUGUCAGAUGUCUCCCUGAGAACAUCAGGAACUUACUAGCCAGCGAGACACGCACGGAAUACCACUCAUUUGAGACAUUAUCUAGGAAGGCCUUGGACUUAGAGGCUACACUAGGCAAUGCUCAGCCUACUUCAGGAAAUGAUUCGAAGAAGAAGAAGAGUCCCCAGGAGAGGAAGAAGAAGGGGGCGAAGUUGAUGAUGGUUGAGUCUGAUGGGACUCAAACUGAGAUCGACGAGCUUUCUGACCUGGUGGACUACUCAGAGUAUGACGGCGAGGAGGUAGCUGAGGGUAGCACCCUCGCCGCAGUAGUAAAGACUAAGGCGGCAGGCCGAGUGAUGCCUUUCGGCCUUUGUAAUGCACCGGGUACAUUCUUGCACGCUAUGAAUCAGAUCUUCCAUGACCAUUUAGAUAAGUUUGUCGUGGUCUACUUAGACGACAUUCUGAUCUUUAGUAAGUCUGCCGAGGAGCACGCAAAGCAUGUUGAGACAGUUCUCUCACUCCUACGACAACACAAGUAUAAGGUCAACUUAGAGAAGUGUGAAUUCGGUCGCACUAAGAUACUGUACUUGGGUCACGAAGUAUCCGCGGAAGGAAUUAGGCCGGAAGAUGCGAAGGUGGCUAGUAUUCGAGACUGGCCACGACCUCAGACAGUCACUGAGGUCAGACCGUUCUUAGGAAUGUGCGGCUACUAUAGGAACUUCGUUAAGAACUAUUCUACGGUCGCCUCUCCUUUGACUGAUCUAACUCAACUUGACACACCGUGGGACUGGAGUGAUGAGCGCGAGGGUGCUUUCAAGAGAUUGAAGCAUGCACUCAUGAAUCAUGAAGUUCUCAUGGUUCCCGAUCCGCAGAAGCCAUUCAUAGCGACCACUGACGCAAGCCAAUAUGGCAUUGGCGCAGUGCUGGAUCAACAGGAUGGGAAAAAGUUGAGACCGAUUGAGUACAUGAGUAAGAAGAUGCCAUCGAAGAAGUUGGCUAAGUCCACCUACGAAAGGGAACUCUAUGCUCUCUACAAGGCACUUGUCCAUUGGAGACACUUCCUUUUGGGAAGAAUGUUAGAUGACGCGAAAAAGUAUGUUGAGACCUGUCAGGUCUGUCAGCGGGACAAGCCGCGAACUCAAGCACCGCUUGGGUUGUUGAAACAUUUGCCUAUUCCUGAUGGUCCAGGACUGAGUGUUUCCAUGGAUUUCAUGGACACUCUAGUGACCAGCAAGAGUGGCAAAAGGCACAUAUUCGUCAUCAUUGAUAGAUUCACCAAGUACGCUAGACUAAUACCGAUGCCAAAAACAACCAGGACGGAAUAUGUGAUUAAGUUGUUCAAGGACAACUGGGUAAGGGACUUUGGUUUACCAAAGACUAUCAUUAGUGACCGAGACGUCCGAUUCACAAGUGAGCUGUGGAAGAAGACUACAGAACAGAUGGGCAGUCAACUUCAGAUGACUUCAGGGAAUCAUCCCGAAGCCUACGAACAAGCCAAGCAAAUGAAUAGAGUUGUACAACACUUGCUGAGGCACUACAUCAAGCCCAGCCAGGAAGACAGGGAUGAGCAGUUACCUCUCAUCGCCAGCCUGUACAACAAUGCUAUACAUAGCAGUACCGGCGUCAGUCCGAAUCAGCUGCACGUGGGAUGGAAGCCUAGAUCAGCGCUAGACUUCCUCCUACCUAAAAACCGACCCGCUGCAACUCCCGGCACACUAGAAUAUGGUGUGCAGUAUGAAAAGUUGCUGCAGGAGGCUGUCGAGCAUAUGAAGAAAGCUCAGCAAGCGAUGAUCGCUUCUGAGAAUCAACAUCGUAGACAGUCCACAUUUCAGGUAGGGGAACGAGUCUGGGUCAAGGCUAGCGAGUUAGGACAAUAGUUCAGAAUCUCUCGCAAACUAAUGCUGCAGUACUUUGGUCCUUGGGAAGUCCUAGAUGUAGUGGGAGAAGAGUUGGAUGGUCCCACAUAUGUCAUUUGUGUCCCUGGUCAUCUACGCACUCACCUAGUCUUUCAUGCCUCAAAGCUUGCACCUUUCGC